AUGAUGAAUGACAAAAUUUUAAAAAUUGUAGAAAGCAUUCAGGUACAUUCACCAAAACGCAUCAGUCAUACUACUAACAUUAAAUUAGAACCAUACUCAGUUGUUAGCGAUACGUCAAUCGUUCCAACUGAUUAUACAUCAGUUGCAUCUAAUGAAAGUUUCUACGACACUUCACACAUUCUCGAUGGCCGACCUGUUUUUGGACCUUGGCCUAAACCUAUAUUGCCAAUGAAAAGUCAUUCAGAUUCAAAUCAAGUUCAUAAAUUAACACAAUGCAUCGAGCAUGAUAUGAAAAAAAGCUCUUCUGAUACAACAAUGGAUAUUGCUAUUCACUGUGGAAAAUCAUCAAAAGAAAUCAAUACAACAACAAUCAGUAUUCCAGUAGCGGGAAAAUAUGACAUCGCCACACAAAAGUUAUCAGAAAAUAAUUUGAAUGAGGGAACUGCCGCAAUAUCUCACGGACAAAUCAGUUAUAAUACAGCAAUUUUAAAAAGUGGCGACAUUUUGGAUGAAGCGAAAUCGGAGCAUUCUAUUCAUAUGAUAACAGAUAUGGUAUCACCAAACGAGCAAAAUAAAUUGCACUUUGAACAGUUUCAGCAACGACUUACAUCAUUAGCUACGCCAUUUGUUAGCAUACUUGGGGCGAGAAUUGGAACAACUGGUGAAUCAUCCACUGAUGAAGAUUUAGGAACGAACGAAACUGACAAUGUUAAGAAACUAAUUGGAACAUUGCAAUCGGUAUCGCAAUCAAUUAAAUCAAAAGGAACUUAUGAUGAAAUUGAAAUUGAUGAUGAAUUAACGGUGCACAGUUCCUCAUAUUUUCAACAAAAACGUAUCGCAGAUUUACCACUUUCUUCAUCUAUUUCUUCUGUGGCUGAAAAAACACAAAAAUUAAUGGAUGCAACGUAUCAGACAGCACUCAGUCAAGAAGAUAUACAUUUAUUAUCCGAUACAAUUGAGCAGCAAUGCAAUGAUAAUAAUAAUAAUUCAAAUAAUGCCAAUUUGAUGAAGAAAUAUGCUAAUGAACUAAUGCUUGGAAUUGGAAAAAUUCUACGUAAAGAGAAUGGUGGAAUUGCUGCACUGUAUAAGCAUACUUUAGAAAGGCCUGAUUCAAGAUUUAGCAAAAUUUUAUAUUCCAUGAUUGCGUAA